AUUUAGUUCUCGCGAUUGCUUUGGAUAAAAUAAUGUAACGAUUAUCUCCCUAUUGUUACUUGUAUUUACUCUUAGUAACUCUUAUCUGUGAAAAGUGUUUGGACAAAUUCGGCUAGUUGUGUCUUUAGAAUGAAAUCCAAGUGGUUUACAGUAAUUUGUAUAGGCCUACUAUUCUUUGAAAAAACUUCUUGUAAAAAUGUUAUUCAAAUGUCUGCUGAUUUUGAUAAAGUUUUGUAUGAACAACACAUGAAAAAAGGGAUAGCCCAAAAUGGGCCUUCGUUUGCUUUUGCUAAGCAUUUCCAGGACCACAUGGUGCUUCAGCAAGCACCCAGGAGAGCCAAUAUUUAUGGAUUCUCACCAGACAUUGGACAAAAAGUCAUCAUGCAGCUUGUAACAGUACCUCCUACAAGACCUUACUAUUAUGAAACAACAACAGUCCAAGGUCCAGACGCCAACCUUGGCUAUUGGAACUUUAUGCUUGACCCCUUCCCUUCCAACACAACAGUAAACAUCAACAUACAGGCUGAGGCCGGCUCUUUGAAUUUAAACGAUGUCAUCUUUGGAGAUGUAUGGAUCUGCUCUGGGCAGUCCAACAUGCAGUUCACUGUCAUUCAGAUGGAUGAUGCUGAGGCUGAAUUGGCUGAUGCAGCAAAUUACCCGAACAUUCGCCUCAUGACCGUCAAUAUGAAUGAAUCAACAACUGUCCAGUAUGAUCUCAUACAAAUUGAGGAAAACUGGACUAAACCAAGUAGAGACACUCUUGGCGCCGCUGCCUGGACCUAUUUCUCUGCAGUCUGCUGGCUGUUUGGUAAAAACAUCCACAAACAGAGAGGUGACCCCAUCGGCCUAGUUGCCACAGACUGGGGUGGCACCCCAGUGGAGGCCUGGUCAUCACCUCAGGCCUUGGCAGCCUGUGGGGACUCACCUAAACCAAAGGUUCAACUGCCAGCGUCCUACAGGAGCUACCUAAAUCAGCUGUCCCCUAAAGAAAGACAUAGGCUUGAAGGUCCUGGAGAUAACUCUGUCUUGUGGAAUGCUAUGGUUCAUCCCCUGCUGGGUAUGACCAUAUAUGGUGCUAUCUGGUAUCAAGGUGAGGCUGAUGCUAGUGGGGCCAGGAUGAAUAAUUACAACUGCACGUUCCCAGCAAUGAUAAAUGACUGGAGAGCUAAUUUUAACAAAGCUUCAAAUGGCCAGACAAGCUUGACAUUUCCUUUUGGUUUCGUGCAGCUAUCAGGCAACUCUCCUGACCCCACCAUCUCCGUAGGAUUCCCAGACAUCCGCUGGCACCAGACAGCUGAUGUUGGCUACGUCCCUAAUCAAAAGAUGGUCAACGUCUUCAUGGCUGUGGCUAUGGACUUGCCAGACUUUACAUCCAGCUAUGGAGCUAUCCACCCAAGAGACAAGAAAGAUGUUGGCGCCAGAUUGGCACUCAGUGGCCUAGCUGUUGCCUAUGGUCAGUCUGAGGUCUUCCAAGGACCUUUCCCUGCCAAGGCCUACAUAUCCUCAGUAGGUCUUGUGGUGGACUACGGCAGCAGUUGGUCAUUAAACAUUAAAAACUGGGAGGGAUUUGAGCUCCAGUGUGGCAGCAACUGGGUACCAACCCCUAUCAUCUCCAGCAACCAGACGUCCGUCACCCUGUUCACAGGGACCUGUAAGCCAACUGUCACAGGCCUGCGCUACGCCUGGAGGGAGUCACCUUGUGCUAUGCUACAGUGUGCUAUUUAUGAAAGCGUCAACAAUUUGCCAGCUCCUCCAUUUAUUGCGUUUGCUAAAAAUAGCAACGGAAAGCCUUAUUUUACCUUUGAUGAACCAGCUUAUUUAUGAUAAUUUUCAGAAUAAAUUAUUUUAAUUUUUUAGUUUCUCAGCUUGCUCUAUUUACAUAUCUUGUGAUUAGAUCACUGUGUGUUAUUUUAUUUUACAACUUAAAAUGUUGAAAGUAUUCUUCAAAUUAAACAAUAUGAAUUUGUAAUUUUUUAUUAUUACUAAUUAUGCUUGAUAAACCUCUACCCCAUCCUCUUAUACUUAAAAUUAACCUUUUUGAAUAGCUUAUAAACUGCCUAUUAAAUUUUUAAUCCAAUAAAUUAGCUGAAUGCUUCAACAGGUAUUGCAAACUACACUUUUGGUUGCUUUUUCUAUGGUUGCAAGUAUUAUUUUGGAAUUUUUCUAAUGUUGAAUUCUUUUCAGCAAAAAUAUUUAUACCAUUUUCCUUCAAUCAAACUGUUUUCACUAGAAUAUGUAAUUGUUUUAAUAAUAUAAUCAAUUUUUUAUCAUAAUUGUUUUAAAAUAUGAUCAAUUUUUUAUCAAGUUGUUAAGCCUUAUGUGGCCCUAACAUUAACUGUCACAAGCAAGGUUUAACUCUGUUAAUGACAGACAUUGUUGAAAGUUUAUUGUAUUUUACAUGUUUGGGACAUUCCUUACAUUAAUGUUUGAUAA